UGGGCGCUGCUGGCAAAGCCGACGGGGCGGAGAGGAGCGCGGCGGGAGGAGGAGGAGUAGGAGCAGGGGGCUGGUCAAGGGAAGUGCGACGUGUCUGCGGAGCCUUUUUAUACCUCCUGCUCGCGAGUCUGGAAGCAGCAGCCGCCGCCUCGCGUCUCGGCUCCCGGGAGCGGCUCCGAGCUCCAGCGCGCCGCGCUCCGCCAAAGCCAGCCAGCAUGUCGGGGGUCAAGAAGCAGAAGACGGAAAAUCAGCAAAAGGCCACCAAUGUCGUCUAUCAAGCCCACCACGUGAGCAGGAACAAGAGAGGACAGGUGGUUGGAACAAGGGGAGGGUUCCGAGGAUGCACUGUGUGGUUGACAGGUCUUUCUGGUGCUGGAAAGACAACAGUAAGUUUUGCUCUGGAAGAAUACCUGGUCUCCCAUGCCAUCCCUUGCUACUCCCUUGAUGGGGACAAUGUCCGUCAUGGCCUUAACAAGAACCUCGGAUUCUCUCCUGGUGACAGAGAAGAAAAUAUCCGCCGGAUUGCCGAGGUGGCCAAGCUGUUUGCCGAUGCUGGUCUGGUCUGCAUCACCAGCUUCAUUUCUCCUUUCUCCAAGGAUCGAGAGAAUGCCCGCAAAAUCCAUGAAAUGGCUGGACUGCCAUUCUUUGAAAUAUUUGUAGAUGCGCCUCUAAACAUUUGUGAAAGCAGAGAUGUGAAAGGCCUCUACAAAAAGGCCAGAGCUGGGGAGAUCAAAGGAUUUACUGGUAUUGAUUCGGAUUAUGAGAAACCUGAAGCUCCAGAGCUUGUGCUUAAAACCAACUUGUCCUCAGUGAAUGACUGUGUCCAGCAGGUAGUGGAACUUUUACAAGAACAGAGCAUUGUCCCCCAUACUAUAAUCAAGGGCAUCCAUGAACUCUUUGUGCCAGAAAACAAACUGAGUCAAGUUCGAGCUGAGGCUGAAACUCUCCCUACAUUAGCAAUUACUCAGCUGGAUCUUCAGUGGGUCCAAGUUUUGAGUGAAGGCUGGGCCACUCCACUCAAAGGUUUUAUGCGGGAGAAGGAGUACCUGCAGGUUAUACACUUUGACACCCUGCUAGAUGAUGGAGUGAUCAACUUGAGCGUUCCCAUCGUUCUCCCUGUCUCUGCGGAUGACAAGACACGGCUGGAAGGGUGCAGCAAGUUUGUCCUGACUCACGGUGGGCGGAAGGUGGCUAUCUUACAAGAGCCAGAAUUCUAUGAGCAUAGAAAAGAAGAGCGUUGCUCCCGUGUGUGGGGGACAGCAUGUGCAAAACACCCCCAUAUCAAAAUGGUGAUGGAAAGUGGGGAUUGGCUGGUUGGUGGAGACCUUCAGGUGCUGGAGAGAAUAAAAUGGAAUGAUGGAUUGGACCAAUACCGCCUGACACCACUGGAGCUCAAGCAGAAAUUUAAAGAAAUGAAUGCUGAUGCGGUGUUUGCAUUCCAGUUGCGAAAUCCUGUCCACAAUGGCCAUGCUCUGUUGAUGCAGGACACCCGCCGCCGGCUCCUGGAGAGAGGGUAUAAGCACCCAGUCCUCCUGCUCCACCCUCUGGGUGGUUGGACCAAGGAUGAUGAUGUGCCCUUGGACUGGCGGAUGAAGCAGCACGCAGCUGUGCUGGAGGAAGGAGUCCUGGAUCCCAAGUCAACCAUCGUUGCCAUCUUCCCAUCUCCCAUGUUAUACGCUGGCCCCACAGAGGUCCAGUGGCACUGCAGGUGCCGGAUGGUUGCUGGGGCAAAUUUCUACAUUGUGGGCCGAGACCCUGCAGGAAUGCCCCACCCUGAGACCAAGAAGGACUUGUAUGAACCCACUCACGGGGGCAAGGUCUUGAGCAUGGCCCCUGGCCUCACCUCUGUGGAAAUCAUCCCAUUCCGAGUGGCUGCCUACAAUAAAACCAAAAAAGCCAUGGACUUCUAUGACCCAGCAAGGCACAACCAGUUUGACUUCAUCUCAGGAACUCGUAUGAGGAAGCUGGCCCGGGAAGGAGAAAAUCCCCCUGAUGGCUUCAUGGCCCCCAAAGCAUGGAAAGUGCUGACAGAUUAUUACAGGUCCCUGGAGAAGAACAACUAGCUGGCCUUCAGCUCCAGAGUUUCUUACUGAAGUGCUCUUUGAUUGCCUUUUCUAUUUUUGUGAUUAGAUGCUUUAUAUGCAAUUGCUUCUCAGUGACUGAUUUCUAAAGUUAGGAUUUUAUAAAAUUGUGUCUGUAAUUUAAAGUCAACUUCAAUAUAUAUUUAAAAAAAAAGUCACACUGAAAUCCUGGCAGGUGUAAGCAAUAUUAUUUCAGAAUAAAAUUAUGCAUCUGCGCAGGUAGGUCCUAGAUUUCCUAAAACUUGGAUCAUGUGUCUAGUUUACUGGCCAAAACAUAAGGCCUAUUUUCCAGGUUAAGUCUUGACACCCCACACUCUCCCCAUGUCAUACCAGUAGUAAAAUAAAUCAGUAAGAUGAACAGCCUUUUCUAUACAAUUGGCUGAGUCUCACCCUAAAUGAGGUGUGGUUCAUGUCAAGAUUCUUGCUAAUAAUUCGUCCCAAGUCUGUAUACAGCUUAACUGCCCAGUCUCUUGUGUGCUGAACAACGAUCUGACUGGAGAAAACAAAUGUGUGAAAUGUGAAUGUAAUCUCAGAGACCUGUACAACCUACUUCUACCACAAAGAUGUCUUAAUGCCCUUCCACGAAUAACAUAACUCCAGUUAAACAGUGACUUUUAACUCGGUAGCAGAGUGCUCUGAGAAGAUACAUGCCAUGUUCAAUCUGGUCAGGUUCCGGAAAGUUCCCUCCUCUCCUCUUUGCUGUGGUCACUGUGCUCCUUGAGCCAGGCUAUGCCCACUGAUUGCUUACAUCAGCUGUAGCCAAGAAUAACUCACAGUAUCAGACUAAAGCUCGUGGGAAACAAUGAAUCCAACCAUUGAAAUACAUUGUUUUGUGAGCUGCUGGGUACUGUAACAAAACAGUUACUGGAAGUAAUGGUGGCGGAACAAACAUCCUACCACCUGCCUCCCAGUCUGGUGCUGUCUAUACCACACAACACAGGAGAGGGUCAGACUCCUCAGAUGCUUUACCAAAGCUCCCUGAACAUCAGGCACCUACAAAGCAGUCUUCUUAGACGCUGGAAGGUCCAGAGUUUUCUAAACCCAAUUGAUCUUUUGCAGUUGAAAACAACACAUUCCCCAAGAUUCAUGCUGUUGAGACAUCCAGCCUUUAAAUUCUUUGCUUCCUGAGUGGCUCUCUUUUAUCCUUUAUGUAUAAUUCUUGUUCCUAAGAAAAAUAUGAAGAAACCAAUAGCUUUUGUACGUAGGUCUCUCUGGAAGAGGCUUAAACUGGAAAGAGAAAACUGUGAUUUUUUUUUCAUAUUCUCAGAUUUAAAGGAAAAGCUCUUAGCUAAUGAAAGUUCUUUUGAGAAUGAAUUACAAGGGUUACAGCAAAGUUUAACUGUUUUUAAUAACAUAAUGUCUAUGCCGGUUUAAUCAGAGGUACUCACUACUGCCUUUUUUUUUUUAACAAAGAACGUAUUUAUUGAAAACAUGAUACAGGAUGUAGUGCCUUAACCAAUAUAUUUUGUGAUUUUUAAAUAUAUUUAAAAUCGCUCUGCUGCUCUAUUUGUUUAGUGCAAAUGACUUUCUGUGUACAACUGAUGCUUGUUCUUAUUUUAAUAAAUUUCUCAAAACAAAGGCUAUUUUCUGCCGAUACCUUUCAGGGUGGAUUGGUCAGACUGUUUGUUGAUGGUUUUGUGACUUUUUAUAACUAGAGAAAAACAACAGCAGCAACUCUUCCUUCAGAUCAUCAUUAAAAAGUGUGUGUCCUUCCCUGUUCAUGUCAUUUUUAAAACCAUGAUCCCAGGGCCUCUGUGGUGCCAGAAGGGGUUAAGCACAGCACUAUAAAGCUAUCUGCAGUCUCUGCAGCUCGAGUUAGAUCCCUGGCCAGGGAACUAUCCACAUGGCACAACAGACCUCUCCUGCCUUGCUCGCUGCUCCUCUCAGCAGUGUGUUUCAGUCAGCCUGCCUGUUCUGUUCCCCACUCUGUCUCUGGUGAAUCCUCUCACCCCCAGCACCUCUGGCCUGUACCGCAGCUCUUGUAUGCAUAAAUAAAUAAAUCUUAAAUAAAUAAAUAAAGCCUUGAUCCCCAGAGCCUCCCUGGUGGUGCAGAGGUUAAAGUCUCAGCACUAUGAAGCUAUCACCAGCCACUGAGGCAUGCGUUCGAUCCCCGGCCAGGGAACUUACCCACAUGGCACAGCAGACCUCUCCUGUCUCGCCCGCUGCUCUCCUCAGCAGUGUAUUCCAGUUAAUCCACCUGUCCUGUUCCCCUCUCUGUCUCUGGUGAAUCCACUCACCUCCCACACCUCUGGCCUGUACCCCAGUUCUUUGUAUGCAUAAAUAAAUAAAAAUAAAACAACCAAACAAACCUUGCUCUCCAUGUCAGAGACACAUGGGCUCAGUCAAGCACUACGGUGAUACUUUCUGAGAUAAUGGAGUUACUCAGGAGCCUCACCUCACAAUGUCAUUGCACAAGAAUCUGGCCUUUUUCUCUUUUUUUCAACUUGCUGUCUUUUUCUCCAUCCCAGGAGUUUUAGCAGCAAAACUAGAAGUAGCUAUGUUUUGCUCACAGCAAUUCCCACACCUUUGGAAACUACAUCACUUGCUGCUUGUGUGCACAAACACCUGUUCUAACCAGUUCAGUGGCCUUCAGGCAGGCCUGCCCUUCAGAGUUUUUCUUGUGCUCCUUGAAUCCCAGCUCCCUUCUGCCCUGAAGGUUUCAUGCAAAUUCUUGCUUUUAGUCCGCACACCAAAUAAAACUGGUGUAAUAGCCAACUAAGAGUUGUUGUUUGUUGCUUCCCCACCCCCUCCCCUCAGAUCCUUACUUCCUAGUGAUAGUAGGACAAAGUAGGGCAGGAAAUGUGUGCUUAAGUACAUGAAGAUAUAAGUGGUGGUGAUGGUGUAUACAGGACAGUGAGAAAAAAUUCUGGAAGCAAGCAAAUCAUUUGGUCAGAUAGUGGUGGACCUUAUAAACAUAGCAACAUGAGAUUUCUUUCCAACUCUUCCCUACAAGGAGAAAUAUAUCUUGGUACUUCAGAACAGCACAUUCUUUGUUUUCUCCUCAUCUUCUUCCUUUCCACUUCCUGACUUUCAGGUUUAGCACUAAUCUUCAACAUUCUUUCCUUAUAGGUAGGGAAUUAAGAAAUCAGAUGGUGCCAGAUUGGUCAACUAUGCUUAUGUGUAAAGGUUUGAUGGAUUAGGAAAUGUUGUUUAUGAGAUUCUGAAUGACAAGCAUAUAUGAAGACUUAAGCAUAUUUAAGCAUCUCCAAUACUAACAUGCAUAAAUCAUCAAGGAUUGACUAUACACAGAUAAAAGAAUAGCCACUUAUUUAUCUUCCCCUUAACGUGCAUUUAAUUCUAUGAUGAAUAGUCACUAUUAUUGGGUCAGUGAUCCUACAUAUUCACUAAAUAAUGAAAAUGAUAUACAAGCAAUUCCUAAUAUAUACUGCACAGAAUUCUCUUUUUUGCUUUUUAAAAAUUUUAUUGAAAUUAUUACUAAAAAUAACUGGUCAUUGGCUGGAGUUUGGACAUUUUAGUUUGACAUGAGAAAAACCUAGACGUAAUAAAAAUACUUUUCUAGGGUCAGCAAUGGUGGCUGCAAUGAACUGAGAGACAAGCUGUUCACAUCAUUUUUCAGUGGCUUACCCUUUGUACCAAGCCACCUUUCCUUACCCCACCCCAGCCAUUAAAUGUCUUUUUUACAGACCUUCCAAUUUGGAUUAAUUGCAGGGAAGGCCAGCCUCAAUUAUGAAGAAUCUAAAUUAUAGGAUGUUUUUAAAAGUAAUGCAAUAUUGUUACCUUAAAUACAUGAGCAACAGACUGACGGGCACAGCUCCUC